AUGGCUGCCCGGCCAGGAGAGGAGAAUGUGGCCACACUCUAUGGCGACGUGCACUACUUCUACAGCCCGCCGACAACGAAGCCCCCGCACCACCGCUUCGACAAGGGAUCAUAUAUCUAUCUGUUUGAGGACGCCAACCAGGGCCGCGCGCGCUUAGAGAUUGCAAACAACCCUGGAACCGAGGAUCAAGAUGCCUUUACCGGUUACCUCGACAAAAUCCAUUUGCGCUACUCGUAUAGGCACAUAUGCCUGGUAACACUCACGGUCGGCGAGGUCGAGGGCACCCAGGAGUGGCACCUCCCAACAUGGGAUCCGCAUAACCAGGCCAAGUACCACUACAAGCUGCAUUCCUUAGACAUCUACUUCUGGACUCCCCAAGAUGCAUUGAUGUUCGUCAAUGGCAUCCGACGUGUCCUCCCUGCCGCUCAGUGUGAGGUUCUGGACGAGCCAGGUCCUCCCCCUCGCGAGGAGCCCGAAGUCAGCGCGGUUGUGCAGAGGCUUGAGCAAGCUGCCAUCUCCGAGUCCCAGGCCGAAUCAAGCAACAUUGACUCCAACGAGUCGACCGAACAGCCCGCUCCAAGCUUCUCCGGAGCGCCAGUGUCUGCAGUAGCUGGAGCUACUGGCAUACCCGCGCCUGCUGCUCUUCCUUCCCUUCCUCCUCCUCCUCCUCCUCCAGCCCCUCAACAGUUCGCUCCCAUUGCCUACAACCCUGCCGCACCUCCUGCACCCGAGCAGGUCGUCCAUCGGGAAAAGACCCCGCCACCAGAUGAUGGUUCGCUGAACCCAUUGCAACAGACGCUUGUCAACGAUGCUGCGACCCCCUUCUCUCCCGGCCUUCCUCCGGGAGGGCCGAGUGUGAGCCCAAUCAGCCCCACGGUACCGCCACCGACCUUCCAGCUUCCUCCCGGGGCUCCUACAUUCCCUGGCCCUCCCCAGCGAAGCGUCACAUCUCCUGGGUUUGCACCGCAAGGAUUUGGCUCGCUCAACGUGCCGUCAACUUCAACGAUCGGAGCUACUCCUGUUCCCACUGCAGCCCCGGUUCCGACGCCGGUUGCCUCCGCUCCGUUGCCCCAACCGGGCAUCACUCGAGCUACAACCAUGCCCGUACAAGGUGUUGCGAGUCCACUCGCAAGCCCUAGCUACCCGAACACCGGCAUAAUAGGCUCGGGUCUGGCCACUCCGGGCCUGCCAAAUCCGUAUGCUCCCGUCUCGUAUCCUGGCUAUAUGCAGCCGAAUCCUGCCGCUACUCAUGCGCCAACCCCGCCAGUCGCUGGAGUGAGCGUGGCCCCCCCGCCCGCAACACAGCCGAUGGAUUACAGUGUACACCAGCAAUUUUACGUGCCGGAGAACCAUGUUAAGCCGACCCAGGAACCGAAAGGCAAGCUGGAAGCAGGGGCUGCAAAGUUGGACAGAGCUUUAAUGGGGAUAAUGAAGAAGGUUGAGAAAAAGUUUGGAUAG